AUGGAGGUAUGUUCUGGAAUUUAUGAGUUUAAGUGAUUUUUAUGAAAAGACACAGAAUUUGUAGCUUUUAAAGGUCUUUAUUUAUAUUUAAAAGUUAACUUAAGAGCUUUUUUAGUUUUAAAUACUGUAAAUUACUAUUACUGUUAGCUUGAGGACUUAAUUAAGCAUCUCAUGAUUAUGGAUAACGUUUAUUUAAUACAAUUUUUUAGGAUUACACAUUUGCUGAAUCUCCCGACGCUCACUACGUACUCUACUACUUUUUACACGCAACCGGAUUGAGUUACGACAAGUUAAUCAAAGAAUUGAGGAACAACCACUACAACACUCGAAUCAUGAACGCUAUCAGAAGCGGAAGAGAUCAAGCCGUCAGAAUCCGACCGGUGUAUCAUUCAGAAAAAGAAGAUACAUCAUUGGACAAAUGUUUUGAGUUUAUUGAAAGCAGAAAAGCAUCUUUGGGUAACGAGAGGAAUAGAAUGAUUGUCAGAUUCUUCAACACGACUAACAGAAAGUUGGACAUGAUCUGGGUUAGAGAUCGGGUAAGAUUUUGGCUUUCUUGUUUAUGUUUUAGGUGGAAUUUCAAAUUACUGAUGCAUUAGAGUUUUAUGAAGCUGUAGAUACUAAUGUCGUUUUGAUAUAACGUUUAGUUAUGGGUCAUCGUUACAUUUUUAAGUGUAUAUGCAAGCUUUAUUUAAUAAGUCUUGUUGUUUUAGGAAAUGGACGACUCCUACUACAUGUCACUGGCUCCAAAAGGCUACACAGACAUCCAAACCUUUGAAGGGCAUUGUUGGGUAUUCAGAGAUUCAGAAGAUGGUGAAAUGUAUACAUUCAAACAUACCAACGACAAGGUAUUUUAUCCGAUGAAUGGCAAGGUUGUUGGCCAUUAUGAACCUCAAAAUGCUGCUCCAUUACCGAUUGUUUUUGGUUUUGUAAAGGAUGAAAUGAAGUCGCUAAAGAAGCUGUGCCUUAAAGCCAUUUCUAAACAAUUUACUCCACAACAGAUUCUCAGUAAACCAAUUCCAUUCAGUUUGAUGACAGACGUUCUACAACAAUAUAUCAACAGUGUGUCAUAUAAAAAUGGUAUUAAGACGGACAGAGUGUUAGAGAAACCAGAAGAAAUAGAGGCGAAACAAGUUGUAGAUCAUCUGAAUGAAACACUGACAGAGCUGUUGAAACAAGAGUUACAUCUUGAUUUGGCUUGUUUUAGAAAACGAAAAAUUGGGUUGGAAAAUGAAGUUGAAGCGAUUGAAUUGGAGGAUUCUAAAAGGUAAGAUUUAGACAAUUGUUUUUUUUAUUUAGAAGUGUAAAAGUACAAAAUAUAAGUUUGUAUUACCUAGGUGCGUAGCGUAUGAUGUGAUAGGACUAGAUUAGGUAUUGAGAACUAUUUUGGACUAAAAUUGUUUUAGGUUUCCAGAGACUCUUUAAGUCACUAGAAUUUACUCUUUUUUACCUUGAACUCCAGAACUCCUAUUAGAGUUCAUCAAAAAGGGCAUGUGUUUAAUUUAUGUUACUUAAGGUUUUUGUAAAUUUACAAAAAUGAACUUGUGGUAUUCUAGAAAGUUUUACUGUAAUUAGCUCUUUUUCUAUUAACUUUUGUCUUUUGAACAAGCUUUUGUUUGAUAAACUCACGAAAAGUACUUAAAUGCGCAAAAAACCAGUCGUAAUGAGAUUGCACUUUAAUGUUUGCGAUUCAGACUACUGAUUGAAACAGUAGAGUUACGUUUGAGGGAGGUGUCAGUAGACAAAAAAGUGUGAUACGAAAAAAAUCUUAGGGAUUAAACGUUUUUAAAUUUAAAAACGAAUGUUUUGAAUUUUAAAUUUAAGCUGUUUUUUGCCAUAAAUAACACUUGAAUAUCAUAAUGAUGCAAAUUAUCAAAAUUGUAACUUGUAUCAUUUUUUAUUACAGUACAUUGUGAUAACAAAUGAUACGAAAGCGGAAGAAUUCUCUUUUGAGGUCAUUCCCCGCCGUGCUAGGAAUAAUAUUGUUCACGUGAAAAUCAACCAGACGAUUUUUGCUUCAGCUGGCUUUUUUAGAGAGAGACAAGUGCAAAAAUCUCUUGAUAUGAGUAGGUCUAGUCAGUGACAUUCGAUUGACCAAUUGGACUGGGAAAAAAGAGUUAUUACUUUUUUAAUACGAGCAGUGAAAGUAGACUGAUCACAUUGUAAAGGGUUACUUUAAAUUGUUAUUGAAAGCUCAGUGUUGUUGAAAAGAAUCGGUUAUGGUAGUGAUAGUUAGUACAAGGCUGUGAGAGUUACUGCUAUUUGAGCUAAAGGUCUUUUGACUAUAGGUUAUUGAUCUACGAUGACUAUUUCUAUUAGUUUGUGUACAAAGUUAAUAUUAGAAAGACCUUGCUCUCGAUUUUGUAUUAAAAACACAUGGACUUUAACCUAAAAGCACUGCUCAUACGUCAAAUUUAGUGUCAUGAGGAGCCAAAUAUGAUAUUUCAUGUGAUAAAAUUGUAGUUUAUGGCUGAAAUUUAGUCUGGGCGAUGUUAAACCUUUAGUCGAAUUUUGUUUAUAAGGUAUUGAACUCAAACUUAUUGCUUUUCAUUGUAAUUGAACAAAAAAUCUUGAAGCAAAACUUUAAAUACAGUAAGAAAAUCAAAGAAAAUCUUUGUUGACUCUGUUUACUGACAAAAAAUAACUAUACGAUUGAUUACCAGUUUGUUUUUGAUUAUUUGCAGCUUCAAAAUAGAGCAAAACAAGUGUCAAAGUCUGAAAACCAAAGCUCGAGGCAAUAUUUUUGGGUUCAAUAUGUGAAAGAUUAUUCGAAAUAAGUUGCGUAACAUUACUGAAACUAAUAUACUGAUUUUUGAACAAUAAGUAACAUGACAUGAGCUAGACAAACAAACUCAACACGAUCUGAGUUUCAGUUGAUCAAAGAUUGGGGCUGAGGAUUAAUGAAACAACUUUUAAAUAAGGUUUUCAUAAGGUUUGGCUGAGAAAUUUAAGGAUACUAAAGGUGUUCUAUAAGAAUUUUAUUACUUUGUUUACUUUGUACUACAUAACAUGAUGUAAAAGAUGAAAUACACCGAAAUAACGAUAUAUUUUUACCUUGACAAAUUUUUAAAUUAAUAUUUAUUCAUAUAUCAACCAAACAACAACGAAACUUACAGUAUUCCAUUUCAGAGCAAAAGCCCAAACAGAACAAUCACAAUAA